CGUUGCGCCUCAACCUCCCCCCGCCCCACCCGCAGCAAGCGAGACCCAGCGAGACCCAGCGAGACCCAUGGAGCUGAACGGCCACUUCUCGUCCUGGUACCGGCUGUCGGCCUGGCCGGAGCUGGAGACCGGCGACGGCUCGCCAGGCCCCACCACAGAGGAGGAGCGCGGCCGCAAAGGCGGCGGCGGCAAGGAGGAGGAGGAGCAGGAGGAGGAGGAGGACUCCGAGGGGCGUCACGGCGGCAAGGAGCAGGAGGAGGAGGUCUCACGCCACCGGCCCAAGGCCUCGAACGGCCACGGCGACUCGGACUUUGGGGACGGCCAAGAAGAUCCGCAGGAUUACUGUCCCGGCGGCUACCACCCCGUGCGGAAGGGCGACCUCUUCAACAGCCGCUACCACGUGGUGCGAAAACUCGGCUGGGGUCACUUCUCCACCGUCUGGCUCUGCUGGGACACGUGGGCCAAGCGCUUCGUGGCUCUCAAGGUGGUGAAGAGUGCCCUGCACUACGCCCGGGCCGCACGGGACGAGGUCAGCAUCCUGCAGCGGAUACGGGAGGCGGACUCCGAGGAUCCGUACAGGGAACGAGUCGUCGCUCUGCUCGACAACUUCAGAGUGUCCGGGCCCAACGGGAUCCGUAUGUGCAUGGUGUUCGAGGCGUUGGGGCAGCAGCUGCUGUUGUGGAUCGUGAGGGCCAAUUACAGAGGAAUCCCCAUCGCCUGCGUCAAGACCAUCAUCCGGCAGGUGCUGCAGGCCCUGGAGUACCUCCACGGGCGCUGCGGGGUCAUCCACACGGACAUCAAGCCCGAGAACGUGCUGCUGUGCGUCGGGGACGACUACCUGCGCAGGCUGGCCGCUCACGCCACGGACCGCCGGCGCACAGGUGUGCCGGCGCAGGGACCUCCGCGCAGGUGGAGGGAGCAAUCGUACGGCAGGAGGGAAGAGGAGGAGGAGGAGGAGAAACGCAGAGCGGCGAUGGCGGCGACGAGCGAAGGAGCGCCGCGGCCCCAGCGACGACUCCGCCCCGCGAGGAGCGACGAGGAGGAGGAGGAAGAAGGGGGAGCGAUGAGCAGCGGCGAUGAUGGCGAGGGAUGGGGAGCGACGGGAGGGGGCGCGGUGGGGAGUGAGGAUGGAGUGGAUGGGGGAGUAGUGGGGAGUGAAGAUGGGGAGGAAGGGGUGAGUGAGAACGGGGUGGAUGGGGAGAGCGCGGAUGGAGUGGAAGGGGAAGCAGCGGGGAGUGAGGAUUUAGUGGAUGGGGGAGCAGGGGGGAGGGAGGAAAGGGGAGCGGUGACGAUGGAGGAACUCUCCUCGCCAGCCACUCCACUGCACGUCGUCCCGAGCGCUGCGGAUCUGCUGCCAGACGUCCUGGACCCGGCAAGCGCCGAACAUCUCCUGGUGAAGGUGGUCGACCUGGGAAACGCCUGCUGGGUGGACAAGCACUUCUCGGACGACAUCCAGACGCGGCAGUACCGCGCCCUGGAGGUGCUGCUGGGGGCCGAGUACGGAACGCCGGCUGACAUCUGGAGCACCGCCUGCAUGGCCUUCGAGUUGGCCACAGGUGGGUAUCUCUUUGAGCCGCACUCGGGGGAGGGAUACUCCAGAGAUGAGGACCACAUAGCGCACAUCAUAGAGCUACUGGGAAACCUUCCCAGGAGCUUUGCGAUGUCCGGGAGAUACUCUCGGGAAAUAUUCAACAGCAAAGGAGAGAUGAGGCACAUCGACGAGCUCACGCCAUGGCCGCUGCCCGACGUGCUGCUGGAGAAGUACGGCUGGAGCGCGGACGAGGCGAGCGCCUUCGCUUCCUUCCUGCUGCCCAUGCUGGCGCCCCGGCCCUGGCGCAGAGCCACGGCCGCACAGAGCCUCGACCACGAAUGGCUGCAGCAGCAGCAGCAGCAGGCCUAGCGGGGCCCAGGCUGAAGCCCAAUGCCACCGUC